CCCCAAGUCCUUCCUUCGUCAGCGUCAGCCAUUUUUCCAGUUUCACAAUGCCAAUAUCUCAAUACGAUUUACAGCGUGUCAUCUCAGUUAUAGCCGAUGAAGAGGAGCUCAAAGCCACGGUAAAAGGCAGCAUAAAAGGCGGGUUAGUAGCUGGUAUAUCAACUACAGUUGGAGGGCUUUUGGCAGGCCCAGUUGGCUUACUUGUAGGUGGUGUUGUGGGGGGAGCUAUAGCUUAUAGUAGUGCUGAAAGUUUCAAGCCAGUUUCUCAAAUAAUCAAUGACCUUAACGCACAUCARCGACAACUGUUGUAUGACUAUAUGAAGGACAUUAUUGAUAAUUUGAGCAUUGAAGAUUAUGUAACACURAUGGCCCUUGUGAGUGGAGAUGGCGGACUUGUGUUGAGAAAGCAGCUCAUCACUAGAACCAUCGAUUUUCUUGGCGAACACCUCAAGUUAACCGCCUCUUGAUGUUUUGUUCAACAUUGCYAUCAUAAAUGUAUGGACAUGAGCUGUCUAUAAAUUGACUUUGUAUUUACGAUGCUUCCAAGAAAAUGAAAGURAAAACGAAAGAAUGUAAAGACUAGAAACAAAGACAUUAAUAUAUAAAGACUUAAAUUCCGUCUAUUUGAAAGGAUUGGAAUUUAUUGCAAACAUGAAUGUAAGAUUUUUAUAGAAAAAAUACUGUAAUAACAUGCAUUCAAAUAAAGGAAGCAUGUAGUAUCUCACUAUGCUGAUAAUAUGGAAUUUUGACUUUAGCGAUAAGAAGUAGAGAGGAAGUAUUGAGGGAAUGAGAGUAGAUACGUAUAUUAUUUUUUUAAAUAUUGAAUUGAUCCUAUCCUUA